UCGUAUAAAUAUACUUAAUUAGAAGCAUUUUCUUGAUUUUAUAAUUUGGAUUUUGUAUCCUAUGUAUAUUUGAUUUGUAUGUACAGUAUUUCGUAACAUUCCUGCAUACCGUUUUAUUAUUUAAUUUAUCUCUUAUAUUAUAAUUAUUGAGGGAACUAUGUCGCCAACACCUAUGCCUGGAGUUGUGGGCAGUAUGUCUUUAAACAACAUGCUCUGCACUCGCUGUUGUGAGGGUUUUGAACCCAAUGAGAAGAUUGUUAAUUCUGCUGGAGAGCUGUGGCAUCAGGAGUGCUUUGUGUGCGCUCAAUGCUUCCAAGUUUUCAAGGAUGGAAUAUUCUUUGAAUUCGAAGGUCGGAAAUACUGCGAGCACGAUUUCCAUGUGCUAUUCGCGCCGUGUUGCGGGAAAUGCGGUGAAUUCGUCAUCGGAAGGGUGAUAAAGGCUAUGAACGCCAAUUGGCAUCCGGGUUGCUUCCGGUGCGAGAAUUGCCAUACGGAGCUCGCGGAUUUGGGUUUCAUCAAGAAUGGGGGUCGUGCUUUAUGCCAUGAGUGUAACGCGAAAUUGAAAGCUGAAGGGUUGGGCAAAUACGUUUGCUAUAAGUGCCAUGGAAUUAUCGAUGAUCAGCCUUUGAAGUUCCGCGGAGAGGUUUACCAUCCGUACCAUUUCAACUGCACCCAAUGCGGGAUAGAGUUGGACGAGAACGCCAGGGAGGUGAGGAGCAGACCUGGCUUUGCGGCCAAUGACAUGAAUGAGCUCUACUGUCUUCGUUGCCAUGAUAAGAUGGGUAUCCCAAUUUGCGGCGCUUGUCGUCGUCCGAUCGAGGAACGCGUCGUGACCGCUCUCGGCAAACAUUGGCACGUCGAGCAUUUUGUCUGCGCCAAAUGCGAGAAACCUUUCUUCGGGCAUCGUCACUACGAGAAGAAGGGUUUGGCGUACUGCGAGAUACAUUACCACCAACUCUUCGGGAAUCUCUGUUUCGUUUGCAAUCAAGUCAUCGCCGGCGACGCGUUCACCUCUUUGAACAAGGCCUGGUGCCAUCAUCACUUCGCCUGCUCCAUGUGCGAUCAGAAGAUGAACCAGAAGACAAAGUUCUACGAGUUUGAUUUGAAGCCCGUAUGCAAGAAGUGCUACGAGAAGUUCCCCAACGAACUGCGCCGUCGACUUGGCAAGCAGCACGCCGCACAGCAACGCACCUAAGCUCUCGUUGUCAAAAGUAAAUCCUUCAAGUGCCUAAAACGAAAGAAUUUCGCUUUGCUAGUCGACGCGCAUUAGCAGUAGAUAUUAAGUAUUCUUCUAAAGUGCCUUUUAAACUCUCUAAUUAUCAACUAAUGUUAUGGUUGUUAUUACAAAGCUUUUAAUAUAUAUAUUUUAAUCUUGGUUAGUCGAGGUAAAAAUUAACUUACGCAAUUAUUUACAUGACUAGAUCGUAAUCUAUUUACGUACAAACAAUUAUAUCUAUAGU